CUAACCCUACAAGUUGAAGGAUCCGAAUCCGCCCCCAAACUGCGGCUCUUUAGUGGAAACAGUGGACACUUCACAGCCUGACACAGCCCAGUUCACUAGAAAUUAAGCUACGAUAAGUCAAGCUUUGAUACCCCUAAGGUCUCAAGUCCUGCAAACACCUCUAUCCCAGCUACCCGAAUCCGAAAUUGAACCUGCACCGCACCUCUAACCAAGUCAAACUAGCCAUGCCCCCACGACUCAACCACCGCAAAUCCACCCGCGGAUGUCGGCGGUGCAAAGCUAGGAAAGUCAAGUGCAGCGAAACCCGCCCUAAAUGCCAGCACUGCGAUCGUCACAACCUCCCCUGUGAAUAUGCGCCUCUCGAACCGCGCAUGUACACAUACCGAGAUGAUUCCAGCAAUAGAAGCACAAGCACUGCCAGCACCACCACAGCCCUCCUGUCCUCACCCACAUCCACAUCCACAUCUCUAUCCAUCCCCAGCACGUCACUAUACACCAACAACCUCCAACCCCCCCACCUGACUCCCCUAAACACUACCUCCCUCCGCCUCCUUCACCUGUACAUCACCUCCACCUCGCACACAAUGGGCACAGCGCAGAUCCCUUCCGUGCGUGAAAUGUGGGAACUCUCCGUCCCCGAAAUGGCCUUUGAGUACCAGCCCCUCCUGUCCACCCUGCUCGCUGUGGCUGCGGCGCAUCGCGCACGGCUUGUCCCCUCUGAAGCGGAGGAGUUGAGGCGUGUACAAGGGGGGUUUAUUGCUCAGGCGGUUGGGGGACAUAGGGCUGAGACAGCCAAGUUGGCGGUGUCUUCGUCGUCUGGGGCCGGGGGUAGAGCUGGUGGGGUGACGGAGACGUUGUGUAUGAAUGCUAUUUUAAUCUCGCUGUAUACGCUUGCGUGCAGGAUGGAUGGAGGUGGGGUGGGUGAGUACGAGCCUCCGAAUCUGUGGUUGAAUAUGGCGAGGGGAGUGCGGACCGUUGUGUCGAUGGUAUACUUUAGGCUUGUGGAGGAGAGGGCCCGGAUUGCGCCGUUGUUGGUUGCCAAGCCGGUUGUGCAUCGGAAGGAUGUGGAGGUGCAGGAUGGGGGGCCGAAGGGGAGUAGUGGUGUAGAAGGGGCGUUGAGGUUCUUGGUAGAUAUGUUUCCCGGUAGUGAGGAGGGUGGAGAGGAGGUGAUGGGGAUUUAUGCGCAGUGUGUUGGGUAUCUGGAGGGGUUGUUGAUGGCGGUUAGGAUGGGGGAGUCGGAGUAUGAUAUUCGGAAGAGGUUCUCGUCGUUUCCGAGUAUGGUUCCGGGGGAGUUCUUGGGAUUGGUGAGUGAACGGAGACCGAGGGCCUUGGUAAUUCUGGCGUAUUUGUUUGCGUUGGUUAAGGGUGCGGAGGGGGUGUGGUGGUUGAGGGGCAUUCCGGAGAUGGAGGUCCGUGGGAUUGAUUCUAUCUUGCCUGAGGAGUGGAGGGGGGUUAUGGAGUGGCCGGUGGGGGUGGUUAUGGGAGUGGUGGAUGUUAAUGAAUCGGUGUUAUGA